AUGGUCGCAAUUAACGAAAUCCUCAAAAAAAGCAUAAUUGAUAGUAUAAAGUCUGUUCAACCAGCUGGUAGCUGGAAAGUGGUGGUUGUUGAUAAACCAUCCUUAAAGAUUAUAGAAUCAGUAUGUAAAACCAAUGACAUUCUUGAGGAAAAAGUUACUUCGGUAGAAAAUAUCGAGAAAAAACGUCAACCAUUUCCUCAACUUGAGGCUGUUUAUAUAUUAUCACCAACAUAUGAAUCGAUCAGUACGGUGAUCGAGGAUUUUGACAAACCCACUCCAACAUAUGCUGCUGCAAACCUAUUUUUUAUAUCAGCACUUGAUGACAAGUAUUUUCAGAAGUUAAAAUCAUCUCCAGCAUCAAAAUAUAUUAGAAAAUUCAUUGAAUUAUUUAUCGAUUUUCAAGAAUGUAUGAGUUUAUUUGAAAAAGAAAAACUUGAAGAUGUUUCAUCAAUUGAACAAGAUUGUGCUACAGGGUUUUCACAUGAAGGAUUACAUCCAAAAACAUUAAUUGAAGAUAUGGCACCACUAUUAGAUAGUCCAGUUAUCAGUUCUAUUAAUAAAGUUAGGAUUCUUAUGCUUUAUAUGAUGUAUAAGAAUGGUGUAUUAGAAGAAGAUAGAAUAAAAUUAUUAGCAUAUGCAAGGAUAUCUUUGGAAGAAAAUGAAGCCAUCAAUAACCUUGUAUUCUUUGGUGUGAAAUUACUCAGGCCUCCAGUUGGAAAAAUUCCUAAAAAAAUUAAAAAAUAUCGUCAAAAACCAGGAGAUGAUGUUCGAUAUCAAAUUUCUCGCUAUGUUCCAAAACUUAAACUUGUUUUAGAGAGUCACAUUAACAAUACAUUAGAUACUAAUUCAUAUCCAUACACGAGAGAUCCCGGAGUUGCUGACAGAUCUAAAGGACAACAACAAGCUCCAGUUUCUUUAAGAAG